AAUCUAUGGGCUGUCUCUUCACUUCCAGGCCGUCACUCAAAGGGGGUAGCAAAGACAGUAACAAAGCAAAGAGUGGAGUCCCAUUUUGACCUUGAGCUUAGGGCAGCUGUGAUGCACGAUAUUCUGGACAUGAUGCCUGAAGGCAUCAAACAGAAUAAGGCCCGAACAAUUCUGCAGCACCUCAGUGAAGCCUGGCGCUGCUGGAAGGCCAACAUUCCCUGGAAGGUCCCAGGCCUGCCAACACCUAUAGAGAAUAUGAUUCUUCGGUAUGUUAAGGCCAAGGCUGAUUGGUGGACCAAUACUGCUCACUACAACCGUGAACGAAUCCGCCGUGGGGCCACUGUAGACAAGACUGUUUGCAAAAAGAACCUGGGCCGCCUCACCCGCCUGUACCUGAAGGCAGAACAGGAACGGCAGCACAAUUACCUGAAGGAUGGGCCUUACAUUACAGCAGAAGAAGCAGUGGCUGUGUAUACUACCACUGUGCAUUGGUUGGAAAGCCGUAGAUUCUCUCCCAUCCCAUUCCCUCCACUCUCCUACAAGCAUGACACCAAGUUGCUCAUCCUAGCUCUGGAACGCCUCAAGGAAGCUUAUAGUGUGAAGUCUAGGUUAAACCAGUCUCAGAGGGAAGAGCUGGGUCUGAUCGAGCAAGCCUAUGACAACCCCCAUGAGGCUUUGUCCCGCAUCAAGCGUCACCUCCUCACGCAGAGAGCCUUUAAGGAAGUAGGCAUUGAGUUUAUGGAUCUCUAUAGCCACCUGGUGCCAGUGUAUGACGUGGAGCCCCUGGAGAAAAUAACUGAUGCCUACCUGGACCAAUACCUGUGGUAUGAAGCAGAUAAGCGCCGUCUUUUCCCACCCUGGAUCAAGCCUGCCGACACGGAGCCGCCUCCACUGCUCGUUUACAAGUGGUGCCAAGGUAAACUUCGCUGCAGUUCCCACCCAGCAGAGAAAGGUGAUUCUGUCCAUGUAAAAACUCUGACCCAGGCUGCACAUUCAGUUUGCUCUCUUUGCGUGGUAAGAAUGAGUGCUAUUGCCUGGCACUGGUGGCACACACCUACAAUCCCAGCUUACAGGAGGCUGAGGCAGGCAGAUUGAUGAGAUCAAGGCCAGCCUGGUCUACAAAGCAAGUUCCA